UUGUUUGAGUUUCUCAAAGAAAACCUAGGGCGGAGGAGGAAGAGCUUGGUCGCUUUUGCCAGUGAGAGGGCGCCACCACAUUUUCUCCUCCAUCUCACUCUCUCUCGUCUCCAGCAACGCGGAUAACGAUGGAUCAGCUCCGCGAGAUGGCGCACAACAUGAGCUCCCUGGCCGCCCAGGGGAUGGAUUACAUCGAAUCCCACACGGGCCUCCCGCCCAUCGUGCUCUUCACCAUCAUCGCGCUGCUUCUUGGUGCGUAUUACCUCGUCUCUGGGAUUCUUGCUCCAUCGCAAAUCGGCGCCGCUCCCCUCUCGGCCAUCAUCGAGGAGGAGGAGGAGGAGGCGGCCGCGGCGGCAGCAGCAGCGGUGGAUCCUCCCUCGAUCGUGGAGCUCGGGGAUCAGGUCACUCUCUUGGAGCUCGCGGCGUACGAUGGGAAGGAUUCGAGCAAGCCGCUGCUCAUGGCGAUCAAGGGAAGGAUUUACAACGUUUCUUCUGCCAGGGAUUUCUACGGGCCUGGUGGGCCUUAUGCCGUUUUCGCUGGAAGAGAUGCCAGCCGCGCUUUGGCGAAGAUGAGUUUUGACGAGGGUGAUCUCUGCGGUGAUCUGGAUGGAUUGAGCAGCCAGCAGCUCGAAGUUCUCAAGGAUUGGGAGAGCAAAUUCGCCAGCAAGUAUCCCAGAGUCGGAGCCGUCAAGCCCAAAAAGGAGGACAAGGUGGUGGACGAUUCAAGCGUCGGUAUGGAGAUGGAGGGGGACGAGAAGAAGUACAAGGGCAGUGAUGAGACAAAGACAAGCCUCGGGGAGAAAGACGAUCAGAAAGUUUCCGAGGAACACAAGGAUAAGAAAGAUUUCGAGGAACGCAAGGGUGGUGGUGACGAGAAGAAGGGACAGGAAGCUCUUCCCGGAGCGGAGACGAGCGAUGAGAAAGACGAAAGGGAUCGAGAGGACAAAUCGGCGAAGAAGGCUGGACAAGAACACGACUCAGAGGACGAGACUACAGUAACAACAGAUGCGGGGGUCAGGGAUCGAUACGAUGAGAAAGAGGAGAGCUUUAACUCGUCUUCAGCAGCUUAAGCGAUGGAUGGAUGGAUCGAUCAGAAGAAGGUUUGGAGCUAAAUAAUCGUUGGUUCGUGGUAGACGUAGAUGUUGUCUAGAAUUUGCGUUGUUUUGUGGAGCAGUUUUGGAUUUCCUGUUCAUGUGAUCGUUUAGAUGUGAAGAAAUGGAAAAAGUCGCGCUUACUAUGA